AUGUUUGUUGUUGGUAUGUUGAAUGGUGGCAAAUUUGAUGGUGGUAUGUUGGAUGGUUGUAUAUUGGAUGGUUGUAUAUUGGAUGGUGAACAACAACCUCCAUCUCCAGAUGAUCAGCACUAUAAGAAGAACAAAAGAAAGUUCCAAACUUUAGAAAAUAAAAUUGAAAAGAUUGUAGAAGAAAUUCUGAAGGCAAAGGAAUUCAACAUUUCAUCUCCACCCACGAGAUCUACUUCUUUUGUAGACUUUUAUAAUAUGCGAAAGGGAAAUGAGACUGAUGUUCAUUACCUCGAUCCACUUCCAAAGGAUUUCAAGACACUCCAUCCUAAUCUUGCAAAGGAGUGCAAGUAUGUUACAAAUGGUUUACAAUCGACAAUAUUUUCAACUUCGUUCAAUGGCACCCAAUCCAUUAUUAAGUUGUACAAAGAUAAUAGUGACAAGAUCGUCGAAUCCGUUUGCUUAGAACGUCUAAACAGUGUUGAUGGGGUACCAAGAAUCAUUUUUCAAGGUGACUCAUGGAUUGUAUUACAACCUCAAGGUGUUUUGAUAGAUAGUAAUGCUCCAUGGUCGGUAUUUGUUGAGGCUCAUCAACUUGGUUUGGUACAUAGAGAUAUCCGUCCAUCAAAUAUUAUCAUCUCAAAUGCUGAUAAUACUCCAAUUCUAAUUGAUUGGGCGGCAGCAGUACAAAAGGAUACACAGGAUCACUACGUUGGAACCUUGUACACAGCUUCUUUCUCUGUGCUCGAUUCACUCGAUAUCAGAGAGCCACAUUUCUCAACAAUCAUUGAUGAUCUCGUUGCUUUUGUCAAAACAAUCAUUAUAAUCAGGUUCAAAUUCAUAGACGAUCUAAUACAUCAAAUUCCAAGAACCAAUCCCUCUCAGUUAAAAUCUACAUGGAAGAGAAUAACAAAAACACUUCUGGAUCCAUACUAUCGUAAACUAUUAUCAGCAUCUCACGAGGGCAACUAUGAAAAGAUUUAUCAAUUGCUUUGUGAUGGUUGUGAUCACCAACAUCAUGAUCAACAACAUCAUAAACAUUAG